AUGGAUGUUGAUAGUGAGAGUCGAUCGACAACGCCAAAUGGAUGGGUUGCUAAGCGCGAUCGACACAUGCAGUUGAUCAACUCUGCCAUUUACGACCAAGAAGCGCAGGCGAGAGCGAAGGCUAUGGAAGAGAGUCGCAAGGCCAAGGAGAAGAAGAAAGCAGAGAUCGAGCAGGCCAAAGUACUCAGAUACGCGCAGGGUGUCGGUAGGCAGUAUCCCGGCUCCGCGGCUCCCCAGGUUGUUCCGAGCCCGUCGGCGGAGUAUCAGGUCUACCUCAACGAUAUACCUUUCCGUGUCUCACGAGGUGGUAGUAAAUUGAUUAGAGUGUCUGGAAGCCCAACGCAACUAAGAAGAAUGAGCUUUGCCGCAGAUUCACUACGACCGGUAACGAUGAUUUCCCUUCGACAAACCUGA